CACUCUUGCAAUCGUCUCCGUCACUCUGCCCUUCCGAUCUCAAGGACUCUUAUUGUGCUCAUCAGUCGUUGAUGAUACGGUAAUUGGGACCAUACAUCAUCGCAAUGCCCGGAAUGCCGUCCAAGGCGCCUGCACCCGAAGAGGUCAAGCAGGGCUUUCUCCAAUACGCUUCGGCAUGGGGUGAACACUCUCUUCCUCCAACCUUGACAGCAACGCUCAUCGCUGGCCAACAUUUGCGCCCAUUCCAAACGAUCCCCAUGCUCUUCCCUCCCAUCCUCCUCUUCAGCAGCUACCUCAACCUCCAAGGCUUCCAAAAGGACGCCGCAGGCAUCACAUCGGCCUGGAGUGCAGCCUACUUGGUGCUGGCGAGGCGGCGGAAACAAGCCUUCAAGCAGAAAUGGAGUGCACCGGGCUUGCUCCGUGGCGCAACACUGGCAUUGUGCUUGAUGAAUGUCGUCAGUGGAGGGUUGGUCUUUGCCUUUAGCAAGAGAAAGGAGAGCGACGGGGAGGCAACAUAAGGAGGAAAGGAGGCGUUAUGGAAGGUUUGCGAAUCACGACAUAUGGGUCUAUACAAGGAUGGUGAAUCUGGCCAUCAAUUGCACCCUGAUUGAAAGGCUGCAUUGACUCGGCCAAAAAGCAUCUCCCAUCCGCGCUGCCAGCUCGUCUGCCACUUGAAAGCGAUGUGCGACGCCCAGCCUCCCCUAUCCCGCCGAGACGAGUCCGUGUAGCGAUGCUCAAAGACGAAAGCUGUAUGACGGAUCUCCAGCCGAAGAAAUAAGCCUCGCAGCGAUGAGCGCCUUUCAUUUCUUUGCAGACACCUCUUCGUUAAUGAACA